AUGUCCAAUAAAACAGGAGUGACUGAGUUCUUUCUCAGGGGCUUUUCAGAUGUCCAGGAACUGAGAUUCGUCGUCAUCUUUUUUUUCUUGUUUGCCUACUUACUUUGGCUCCUGGAAAACAUCUCCAUCAUCACAGCUGUGUUUAGAGAAAGCCAUCUCCACUCCCAAAAGUACUUCUUUCUGAACAAUCAAUCUUUCUUGGACAUGUGCAACACCUCAGUCACCAGGCCCAGGGGACUGGUCACCUCCCUCACAGGCUCUGGGUGCAUUUCCUAUCUGGAGUGUGUGGUCCAGCUCUACAUGUUCAUCACCCUGGCUUCCACCAAGUGCUUUCAGCUCAUAGCCAUGAAGUAUGGCUGGUGCUUGGCCAACCUUAAGCCCCUGCUCUAUGGGACCACCAUGAAUGAAAGGCUUUCCUCUGAACUGGCUGCCAUGGCCUGGGUGAGCAGGGCCAUCUACUCUGCCUUCCAUACCCUCAACACCUUCUCCCUGCCUUUCAGCAGACCCAACAUCUUGGAACACUUUUUUUGACACGGCCCCUGAUAUGUUCCUCACCUGCGCUACCACCGCAAAGGGAAGGUGGGCUUCUCUGUGAGCAGCUGCAUUGUCAUGAGCUCCUUUGCCCUCAUGGUCCCCUCCUAUGUGUGUAUCACCUCCUCAAUCAUGUGGAUCCCCUCUAGGGAAGGACGGUGUAAAGCCUUCUCCACCUGCUCCUCACACCUGACCACAGUCAUUUUGUUUUAUGGAACUGGAGGCUUCAUGUACCUGCGACCCACCUCUCAGUAUUCCCCAACCCCAGGCCACCUGACAUCUAUUUUUUACUCCAUCCUUACCCCUACCUUGAAUCCUGCUAUCUGUUGUCUGAGGAACAGAGACAUAAAGGUUGCACUGCAGAAACUGUAUUGUCCGUGA